AUGCUCUUGGUUCACCAUCUUGAUUCCGCCAUGCCUGGCGACGACGCCAUGACGGAAGAGCUAGAUCUGGUGCCGCAGGAUCAGGACGUGGUGGAAGCCCCAAAAGCCUCCAGUCCCUUCUGUUUCCGCAACGAGAGCAUUUCUGACUCCCACGAGUCGGAAGGCGAAAGCACGCGCAACUUGGUGAUCAGCUUGCGCCGUGAGCUCUUGGAUCGCCUUGAUCGUCAGCACGAGGUGUUGAGCCUGCUGCUGAAGGCGCCUGCGAAGUCCGGCAGACGCCAGUCACGCCACUCCAGGAUCUCGGCCGACGUGUCGGUGUCGCCAGCGCCGCCGCCGAUGCACAGCAGACCCCUGGGGAAGAACAGUUUUACGCCAAAGCUCUUCAGCACUUUCACCCAGCACGACUUGGAGCAUGCAGAGAUGGCCAAUUUGAAAGAUGAAGCCUUGCAAAAAGACGUUGUGACAUCUCCUUCAUGUCGCACUCGCGGGGAAGUGAAAGAAAGCUGCUUAGCGAGGGUGGUGAGGAGCCAUUGGUUCGAUCUCCUUUGUGCACUGGUCGUGAUCUCAAAUUCCAUUUUUCUAGGGGUGGAAGUGGAGAUGAGUAUUUCAUCGGGAGGAAAACGGAACCCGACCCUACAGGCCAUCCAGUACAUUUACAGUGCAUGGUUUCUGCUGGAAUUGCUGGCCCGCAUUGCGGUUGAUGGUCGAAAGCUCUUUGUGGGUGAGGACUGGAUGUGGGGAUGGUUGGAUGUCACAGUGGUCCUAACUUCUAUUUGGGAGGUGACGCUUGACCUGAUGUUUCUCAUUGUUCAGACUGAUGCAGAUGGAGAGGUCCCUGGCGUUUCAGGUUUGAAAGCUUUGCGGAUUAUCCGUAUCACACGAGUGGUGAAAGCAGUUCGUUUGAUGCGUGUUUUUAGAUUCGUGAUGGCCUUCCGGACUCUCAUCACCUCUAUUCUCUACACGCUCAAAUCGUUGUUUUGGGCUUUGAUGUUACUGUUUGUCAUCGUGUAUGUCUUUGGAGUGCUAUUUACGCAGGCGGUGACCGACAACGUCCGAGAACCAGCCACGCCAAUGACGGAAGUCCAAUUGCAGGCAUCUGAGAGCUUCAAAUCCUUGGAUGCUACCAUGCUGAGCCUUUUCAUGAGCAUUGCUGGUGGUGUGAGUUGGGGCGAAGUUCUGCCUGCCUUGAAGGCGAUCAAUGACGCGUGGGUUGGCCUCUAUUUGUUCUACAUUGCUUUUACCUACUUCGCGGUCCUUAAUGUGGUAACUGGCGUAUUUUGCCAGUCGGCUAUCGAAUCUGCGCAGAACGACCACACAACAGUGGUCCAUUCCAUCUUGAAAAACAAGGAAUUGCAUUUGAACAAACUUAGAGAUUUGUUUAGUAAUCUGGGUGAUGGCGGUUUAGAGGCCAUCACCUUCGCAGCCUUCGAAGAAAAGAUC